AUGUCCGGUCUAAAGAUAGCCAUCAUCGGCGCAGGACCCGCAGGAUGUCUCCUGGCGCGUCUAUUGCACUUGUCUAACAUCGAAGCAACAAUUUUCGAAGGCGAAUCUUCACUUGACUUCAGAUCGCAGGGCGGCACUUUGGACCUUCACACUGACACCGGACUGCUUGCGCUGAAGGAGGCCGGUCUCUUUGACGAGUUCCUGAGGCACGCAAGAUAUGACGGUCAAUACAUGGCCAUCGUCGACAAGAACAACAAGCAUCACUUUGUCAGAACAGCCGAAGGCGGGUUCGGCAGCGGUGGUCAGGAGCGUCCAGAAAUCGACCGGCCGAAGCUCCGUCAACUUCUUGCAGAAUCUCUGCCCAAGGACACGAUCAAGUGGGGACACCAUCUGAAAUCUGUCGGCGAGGACGGCACGCUCGACUUCGGGAACACCUCCGCCUCGGGCUUCGACCUGGUGAUAGGCGCUGAUGGGGCGUGGAGCAAGGUUCGCCAACUGCUCGCACCAGACGUCAAGCCAUUAUGGACCAAAAUUGGCCUUUACUCUUUGAGCGUCCCCGACGCCGAAAAGACGGCACCCGAGUUGUACAAGCUCGUCAACAGAGGUAGCGUUUUCGCCAACAGCGACGGAAAGCGAAUCACAAUCCAGCAGAUGGGCGACGGCAGUCUGAAUGUCUACGCGUCCGUGCUGUCUGACAACGAGAAAUGGUCGUCGCCAGAGGUGUGCGGGUAUGAUUCGCAUGACCUCGAGGCGGUCAAAAAGGCCUUGCUUGAGGAGUACAAGGACUGGAGCCCGGCGCUGACGGAGGCCAUCGUCAAGGCGGAGGGCGAAUGUGCGCCGAGGUCGCUGUACAUGCUUCCGGUCGGGUUUAAGUGGCCGCACCGGCGCGGGGCAACGGCCAUCGGAGAUGCAGCAGGUUUGAUGACUCCGUACGCCGGCGAGGGUGUCAACGUCGCUAUGGAUGGCGCAAUGAAGCUGGCGAAAGCAAUCAUCAAGGCCGCCGCCGAGGGUGGAAACCCGGAUAUCCUGGAUCGAAACGUCGAAGCAUUCGAGACGGAGAUGUUCCCUCGCCUAGAAAAGGUACAACGACUUACAGAGGAGCUCAUGAACGACAACAUGUUCACCCCCGGAUCGCCGCAGACCACGAUCGCAAAAUCCGUAGCGAGGCAUGCCAGAUUCGAAACGCCGUGGAUUUUCCAUCCGCUGGUGACGGUCUCGGUGCACUCUUACUUCUUCAUGCGCGGCUUCUUCCCAUAG